AUGGUGAAACAUGUCGGUGCACAAGCCAAAAGAAAUGGGCUUUUCGAUCAUGUUGUUAUAGCCGUUAUAUCACGAAACCCUGAUUUGAAAAAAAUUCAAGGGGCAUUGGUAAAUCAGCUGGGAAGGAUCAUGGGAGGAAGGAGGAUCCUAAUUAUCUUGGAUGACAUUUGGGAGAAAAUAGAUUUGUCAAGCAUUGGAAUUCCUAGCUAUGACGAGCUUCAAAGAUGCAAUUCCAAGGUCCUACUCACCACAAGGAUCAGGAAUCUUUGUCAUUCUAUGGGGUGCCAAGAACCUAUUCCUCUCAAUAUCCUAUCAGAGGAAGAUUCUUUGAAGCUAUUCAUGAAGAAGUCGAGAAAGCCUUUUCAUGGAUCUACCGAUUCCUAUGAUGAGGAGAGGAGCGUAGUUGGGCAAUGCGCUGGUCUCCCAAGUGUAUUGGAACAGGCUGCAAAGGCAUUUGGACAUAAAUACAUGGCAGAAUGGAAUACAGCAGUUUCAAAGGCAUUUGGAGAUAUGUCAGAUAAUGAUGAUGAAUUGCAAAAAGCAGCUCGUGAAGUAAAUGCAUCUCAACUUGUUCCCACUAAUAAGGAUGAGAGAGAUACGUUUAAAAGGAUACAAUUAACCUAUAAUACCUUGAGAUUUGAUGAUGCCAAGUCAUUUUUCUUGCUUUGCUGCAUGUUUCCAGAAGAUUAUGAUAUUCCAAUUGAAAAAUUGUUGAAGUACAGCAUUGGAAAAGAAAGGAUGCAUAAAAAUGCAUUGUGA